GUUGAUUGUCACAGUCAUGGCCAGUUGUUAUACAGUACUUCCACCUCCAUGAGCCCCUGCAGGUCUGCGAGUGUCAACAUGGACAUUUUUGUCAAAAGUGGUUCUGGGCAGCCGGUGCAAAUGACCUGUGGGCCAUGGACCAACACAACAAGUGGAAUUACAAAUUCAGACUUGCGCUUCACUCUGGCAUUGAUCCAUUCAUUGGUCUUAUUCACUGGAUGAAGAUAUGGUGGAAUAAUAGUAAUUCUCGUCUUAUUCCCAAGUACCACCUGGAUGUGAUCGAGCAGCUUGGUUUCAUGCCCCUUGUCAUGCAGAGCAAUCCAGGAAACGAGAACACUGCUGUUGCCAAUGGACACACUCUGAUCCACCACCAUCAAGAUUCCAACCUUUGAGGCAAGCUUCAGCACCAAUGGAUGCGGGAGAAGAAGAAUGUUAC